AUAGCCCAGCGCUCUGUCGGAGAUAGGGAGCAGAUCUGCCAAUCCCGCGUCCUUAUAAUACACUUCCUGUGGUUCAGCAACUCCAUCCCCAGAUGGAAAAGUGGAAGGAACAAUCACAACUGCAAUACCUUCUUACUAACAAUUUCCUGAAGUCGCCCUCUGUGUGCGCGGACCUUCUACUGAAAUAGGAAUACAUUUUAAAGGGAGUUUGUUUUUAUGCAUUCCUCUUUCUAGACACGGAUUAAAUCUGGAUUCGCGAUGUAUUUGUGAUACAAAGAAUGCACCGAUCGGCGGUUACUGUUCAGCAUUAAAGCGAAACCAUUUAACCUCCUGGAGUCCAGAAGUUCGUAAAUCGCUGUGGAUUAGCUCGGACUGGAUGUAUUGGACAUGUUUUGGAAAAAUGAAGAACUUGCUCCUCUACGAGAGGGACGUAAACGGUUCCGGAAAGGACUUUCUGUAAAAGAGUCUCACUCGAAUGGACAAUACAAAACGUCGAAUAUGGAAAAAGAGGAUACUGGCUCCUCACCGAGUUCACCGUCCACACCAUCCAUAUGGUCGCCUGCGUCAUCCACCUCAUCCGUGCUGUCCACUGGGAAGAACACGUGUGCGAAUUGUGGGCUGGAGAUCCUGGACAGGUACCUGCUUCAGGUGAACAAUUUGAUCUGGCACGUGAGGUGUCUGGAGUGUUCGGUCUGCAGGACGUCGCUACGUCAGCACAACACCUGCUACGUCAAAAACAGAGAGAUUUACUGUAAAAUGGAUUAUUACAGUAGGUUCGGUACGAGGUGUGCCCAUUGCAGACGCCACAUCCACGCGAGCGACUGGGUGCGGAGGGCCAGGGGACACGCCUACCACCUGGCGUGCUUCGCCUGCUUCUCCUGCAAGCGCCCCCUCUCCACAGGGGAGGAGUUCGGCCUGGUGGAGGACAAGGUGCUGUGCAGGAGCCAUUACGCGGCCACGCUGGAGAGCUUGGAGUGUGCAACUGGAAAUGGCAACGGGAUCGUUUUGGACGGGGCAGAAGCAUCGGAGCUGGUCUGUCAGCCCAAGCCAGCCAAAAGAGCACGCACCUCCUUCACGGCGGACCAGCUGCAGGUGAUGCAGGCGCAGUUUGCCCAGGACAACAACCCGGAUGCACAGACCCUGCAGAAGCUGGCGGAGCUGACCGGGCUGAGCAGAAGAGUGAUCCAGGUCUGGUUUCAAAACUGCAGGGCAAGGCACAAAAAGCACUCCCCCCAGCUCCACAGGCCCUCGCAGCCCAGCCCACAGACCCGUUUGGUGCCAUGCCUGCCUGAGGAUUUCCAUUACUUACCGUUUGGCAGCCCCGAGAGAGCGCGUAUGCUAGCUCUGCACGGAUACAUCGAGAGUCAACCCUUCUCUGUGCUGACUGCUCACACCCGACCCCGUCAGGUCCUCACCCUGCCCCAGCUGCCAAUCAGCCGUUAGCUGCCACAGGAAAAGGCUCCCGUCUGUGUUGACAGUGACUGAGCUGAGCUCUUUGCAGUCUCGUUUCAACUGGGAACUUUUGAGAUACAGAAGAACUUUUCAGAUGGAGUGGACCUUCCCUGCCUGUACUCAAAUGGUCUCCCCAUUUAUUGAGCUUACAGUCCAGGAUUCUCAUAUCACAGUCUUAUUCUAAAGGCUCCUCAGUCGACACCAGACCAAUGUGUCCCUUCCACACCCUGUACUGUGGUUGUGCGCAAAGCCUCCACCAUCUCUGCAGUCUCACAUGCAAACCUUAGCAAGGUGGUGAGAUGCUUGUUCCUGGUCAGACACCACCAGGGUUUUGGCUGCUGGUUAUACAAAUGGGAGCCCAUCACAUGGAUAUCUGCUGAUGACAGACUGUCUCAUGACAUUCCUCAGGAGUUGCAUUUGCCCAUAAUUAAUGUUUAUGUUGUCCAUUAUUCAUAAUAUCCAUAUUUCACAGGGAAAACAUGAUUUACUUGUACUGCAUGUGAGUAGAAGCAUAUAUUAUUCUCCUUGGAAUUCAUACUUAACCCAAAUAGCCUUGUCUACAGUCCAUAGAAAAAAAGCCUCAAUCUUUUAUUUCCUUACAUGUUUGACAUUUCGUAAUUAUUUUAACUGACAAUUUGUUCUGAAGUUCCUAAAUAUUCUAAUUUAUUUAUUCAAUUUGAUCACUUAAGGAGCAUGGAUUAGUGCAUGUAUGAACUUCCUACCAUUUUGAAGCACUUGUGAAUUUUGACUCAUACCAUAUACCAUCUGUCCCUGACUCAGAAAUCAGGUUUUUUAUGUAUCAAACUAAACUUGGUAGCACUUUGCCUCGUCUCAUUCGGAAUGCCAAAGCCAUUACGUAGUCAAAGAAAAGGGGCGAUUCUUUAAAUGACCUCUCGAAGUGGAAGAUGGAUGAUACUUCAGCUGUGAGCUGCUCCAGGACUAAUGGAGAGCCGAUCGCGAAUAUCGGUAAUGAGUAAAAUAAGGCAGCACGUGCCUCUCUGCUGGAAGGGAGAGCGGACACUUAGCACAUGCGAACGGCUCACUGUCAACCAACGGCGCAACCGUGGACUGAAGUCAAGGCGGCUUCUGCAUGAUCAACCCAUUUACUGUCACUGUUACCAUAUUUUCUGUACAACAUUAAAUUAAACCAAUCAAAACUA